AUGGAGGUCGAUAUUGAAUCAGAAUGGCGUUUGUUUUGCAUGGCAUUAUUCGACGUUGCAACGGAUACAUGUGAAACAAAGCGCGUUGGGCUCCAACAUGGACAGAAGAAAACAGAAUGGUGGACUGAAGAAGUUCGAAAAGCUAUCGGUGAAAAGAAAACAGCAUAUCGUGGAUGGAUACAACGACAAACACCAGAAAAUUGGCAAAACUAUAAACAACUACGAGAUAUAGCAAAGAAACUUGUAACUGAAGCAAAAGCAAAAUCGUGGAACAAUUUUGGCCAUCAACUAGAAUACAAUCACCACUCGGCAAACAAAUUAUUGUGGCUAACCAUCCGGCGACUUUAUAAAGGUGGACAAAAAUCAACUCGUUCAGUGAAAGAUACUUCAGGUCGACUUUUGACACUAGAAGAAGACAUUGUAAAUCGGUGGAAAGAAUACUUUGGAGAUUUAUACAACUCAUCGGCUGAACAUAAGAUACAAUCAAGUGAACCUGAUAUCAAUGAAUCCAAUGACAUAUCUAUGACUGAAGUCACAGCAGCCAUCAAAUCACUUAAAUCUGGUAAAGCUGCGGGAAACAUAAUGCUGCAUUACAAACUCGUACUCACUACUGUAGUCUUAUCAAUAUUUUUUAUUCCAUUAAAUAUUAAUGCUCAAAAUGAUAAAAAUGAACUCGUUCAAAAAUUGAUCAAUGAAGCACGUCAACUCAAUCUGAAAAUUGAUGAAUCGAAAAUAGUUACACGAUCUAUCGGUGGCGAUGGUGAUAUUGCUGCUGUACCCUUGAUCACUGACUCUAUAUUGAACGUAACGAGCGAAGCUAUUGAAAAAGGUGAAGUUUAUACUUCACUUCAAUGUAUGAAAACAAAAAAACUCAAUGGAUGCUAUCGUGUUCGUGCUACGGGUCUUCUCAAAACAAAAAAGGGAUUGAAUGUGUCUCUCAUAGAUAAAGGUAACAAAAUAAUUGCAAAUUCUGAAAUGGUACCUCGAGCAGAAAAACGAAUUAAACGCAGAUUGAUUCUUAUAAUUGAUGGACCUGUUGAUGUCUAUAUAGAUGGUGUAUAUUACGGAACAUAUGACUUUGUUAUCAUUUAUAUUUAG